AUGGCGGUACUACCAUUAUCUACGAAGUAUCCUUUUACAAAUAAGGUAUCCGACUUCACCACCAUGUCUAAUUCUAUAGUGGGUGAAGUUUAUCAGCAUGUCAUUCUUGAUGUAAUUGCGAAUUCAAGAACAGAUUUUGAGGAAAAUGGUGUUGAUGAAGCCACACUUCAGGAAUUGCAAAAUUUAUGGCAAGGAAAGCUGGUGGCUACGAAUGUUGCUACUUUUCCAUGGGCUCAAGCCCCAGUUGGAGCAUUUCCUAUCGGUCAACUUUUUGAUCCUGUUACUGGAUUACGGACUGAUUCCUUGGACGUCGCUGCUGCAGCUGCAGCUGGUGCGACGAAUUCACCGAUUUUGAAUAAUAUAGCCGCCAUUCGGGCAGUUCAACAGAUGGAUUCGUUGGCUCAGCAACAUGGUGGCUCUCCUUUUUACCCUUCUCCUAGUUCUUCAGGUUUAAAUCAAACAACUCAACCGGGUACUUCCGCCGAAGGGUCGUCACUUUCUGAUAUGCCAAAUAAUAUGAACGCUCCCUUUACCUCUUAUAACAAAAGCACCUCUUUACAGUUACCCUCCAAUCCAAAUCCUGAAAACCCACCUAAUGAUUUAUCCUCAAGUGUUGUGUCCCCUUCUUCUGACAGGGCGGUUCCCCUAGAUUCAAAUUCAUCUAAUAAUAACGCUUUUGGUGGGCUUUUAUUACCUAAUCAAAAUUCUGUAAAAAAUGAAUCGACUGAAUCGCUACAGCCGCAACGAUCUUCAGAAAGUUCUGAAAAGAAAGACAUUCCACAGGCAGAUGGUAUAAUAUUAGAGGAUGAUGCGGAGUCUACAGUAUCUAAAAAGGGCAAAUACGAAUUGGCCCAUGAUGCAGACAAAAGGAUCAAGGAAAUGCUUGCUAAUAAUCGGGUACUACAGAUAGAUGGUACUUUUGAUGAUAAUGAGGAAGAUAAAAAAGAAAGUCCUGGCACUCCUUCCGAUGAAGCCAUUAAUUCUGAUCUUGAUGAUCCUGAUUCAGAUGAGGCCCCAGAAGCAGACGAGGGAUCUGACGUAGGACAAGCAAUAGUGCUCUGUUUAUACGAUAAGGUAAAUCACCACAAAAAUAAAUGGAAGUGUGUUUUCCGAGACGGUAUUGUCGGCGUGAAUGGGAAGGAUUACUUAUUUUUUAAAGCUAAUGGAGAAUUUGAGUGGAUUUAA